AUGGAGCCGCCACCACGACCCUCAAGUUCGCUAUUCGAUGUCUUUCUGCGCCUGCGCCCUUCCAACUCGGGAAGUGCGCGCUUCCUCAGCGUCGAAGAGAGCGAGAACCAUCAUCCAACUCAUAUAACGAUACAACCGCCAAGCCAAGACAAACGCAAGCGCGCUGUUGAACGGUUUGCUUUCACGCAAGUCUUCGAGGAAGAUGCGCGACAAAUGGAUCUAUUCAAGGGCACUGGUGUGGUUCCCAUGAUUGAGGGUGUCAUGGGCGCGCCAGGCCACCACGGCCGAGAUGGACUUCUUGCAACGCUGGGUUGCACUGGCUCUGGAAAGAGUCACACGAUCCUCGGCACCAAAUCCCAGCGCGGCCUUGUUCAGAUGACACUGGACGUCAUUUUCCAAGCAUGCGACGAGCAGCUCGUACAAUCCCUCUAUGGCGCCCCGGCGUACUCCUCGCUCGCAAAUGCAGAUGUGUCAGAAGCACAAAUGUACACUGCGACCGCAUACAUCGAAAAUAUUAUAUUCUCCACAGGAAGCACAUACAAGUCAAACAAAAUGCCACGUCCGUCUACACUCCCACAAUCACCCUCGGUGGCCGAUAUCCAGAUACCCACAGACCCGAGCGUAGAAUACGCGAUCGUCAUGUCAAUGUACGAAGUCUACAACGACCGCAUCUUCGACCUGUUGAGCGGAAACGCCUUGAAGAACAAACAGCCAAACGUGAAGCGCAGGGCGCUCCUCUUCAAGAGCACCGAGAAGAGCCCAGAUCGAAAGGUCGUCGCUGGUCUCACCAAGAUCAUAUGCGGAAGCUUCGAGGAAGCUAUGAUGGUGCUGGAAACAGGUCUUAUGGAGCGCAAGGUCACUGGCACGGGAAGCAAUGCUGUCAGCUCGCGGAGUCAUGGCUUCUUCCACAUUGAGAUCAAGAAGAGAGACGCAGAACGCCAAGGUCCAUGGUCCAGCAGUAACCUUACCAUCGUCGACCUGGCAGGUUCAGAGCGUGCCCGAAAUGCUAAGACCGCGGGUGAGACGCUUGCGGAAGCUGGCAAGAUCAAUGAGUCCCUCAUGUAUCUAGGUCAGUGUAUGCAGAUGCAGUCAGACAACCAAGGCGGCUCAAAGAACAUUGUGCCCUUCCGCCAGUGCAAACUCACGGAGCUUCUCUUCUCAAAUUCGUUCCCUGCCUCCGCCCGUCAAGCACAAUCGCACCGUCAGCCUCAAAAGUCCAUCAUGGUCGUGACGGCAGAUCCCAAAGGCGACUACAACGCCACGUCGCAGAUUCUCCGCUACUCCGCUCUCGCUCGCGAGGUUACCGUGCCACGCAUGCCAUCCACCUCUGACACAAUCGGUGUACCUCUCAAGCGCCCUGGUACAGCCUCCUCGGGACGCGCAACCCCUUCAGGCCGCACAACACCCUCGGCUGUAAUGGAAGAGCUUGAAUAUGCCAACGCCGAAAUCGCACGUCUUACCUCGGAAAUCGAAAUCUUCGCACUCCGUCUCACCGAGGAGACAGCUCGCAGGAAAGCAGCUGAAUCUUCCUGGGCCGCAGCCGAAGAUCACAUGGUCGACCUCGAGCAAGAGAUCCGCGACGAAUGCUAUCUCGAGAUGGAAGCUGCCGUCGAACAAGAACGCCGAAGAUGGCAGACGGCACUGGACAACGAACAAGACAACCAGCAAGCACACAUCGACUCCAAGAUCGACGUCGUCAUCCGAGCGACCAAGGCACAGAUGAAGCAAGAGAUCAAGGUGUACGAAGACCCAGACCCAGAACUCCGCGACCGGGUCGACGAACUGGAACGAGAAAACGAGAUGCUCCGGGCCAGAUUAGAGGCCAGUGAGCGCGAGACGAUGCAGCGCUCUGCGAGUCCGAUCAAGAAGAUGAGGAUUCUGAAGAGCAAGAAGUGGCAAGAUCCUGAAAGCACGUUGGGGGGAUACGGCAUCGACGAUGAAUGA